UUUUUAACUUAACAACAUAAAUUUUGGGCUCUUUGUGGUUGUAUGUUGAGGACUACCUGUAUAACAUGGAAGAAGACGUUUUCAUUUAUACCUAGAAAUUCUUAAUUAUUUUGCUUGUAAUCUGGAAGCCAAGGAUUUGCAAACAUUUCUCACCUACCCCUACUCGAGCCAUCUUGAUUUAUUUCGAAAAUAUAUUCACUGUCAAAAUACACAAACACAACUAAAAACUAUUUAAGGAAAUUGUUAAAAUUUAUUUUAAGAGUAAAUUACAACUAAAGGCUACCCGUUUCGAGUAAGGGUUGCCAUACAUAAUUGUCCCAAAAGGCCUUCAGAUCCAAAUGAUGGGAUAGGAGACCCCCAGGAUUACCAGCCUCAUGACUUCUGCUCCUUCCCAUUUGCAACCCAUCACCGCAUCCAGGUCUUUGCCAAACACUUUCUAACAAUUGUCUGUCUGCAAUUGGAAUCUUCCUGCUUCUUUGGGGAGCCAUAGAAACUCCUUGAAGGAAGAUCUUGGGUGAUAUAACCCAGCCUUGCCGGCAAUGGAUUGGAUUGCUGGCAAUGAAGACCCAAUAAGUCAGUGGAAAAAGAGGCCAGAAGCCUCACAAAAGCUGCUGGAUCAACAGCUGGAAGGUGAGAAAAAGGAGGCCCCCUGGCCCAGCAUUACCUGUGUCCUCCUACCCCUCAAGCUGGCUGCUCAUAGCAAAUGGGGAAACCUCUCUGCCAAUGACAGAGAAGAGGCAGAAUUCUGGUGCCAUGGCAACCAUGAUGUCUUAACAGAGGCUGGAAACACAAACCAACAGGGAACCUUAGCAGAAGAGGAGUCCUGCCACCCUGGGCAAUGCAGAAUGAAAGAGACAUCCCAUUUCUGUCUCAAACAAAAGAGGGAAGAAGCUCUGCGCUCCCGAGACCCAGUGAGAAGCUCUUUGGGCCGGCAUGUCAGCCUUCUGCUUCUUCUCUCGGUCUUCAUCCUGCCUCCUUCUGGAGGAGCCGGACCCAGAUCUCCGCUCUGGCUGGAGGUUCAGAUCCAAAAGGGCCGCGCGAAUCUCCGGUGCCCAUCCAUACCAUCGUCCCCCACGAGGCCUUUGACGAGAUAACCCUGGUGCACAAUAUCGCUCUGCUGAAGACAAGCACUCCGCUCCCUUUCAGCACUGCCGUACAGCCCGUCUGCUUCCCCACCCCAGACUUCCCAGGGGCAACACUGAGUAAAUGCUUUGUGGCCGGCUGGCCGGACUCUCAAGGAGGGACUGGUCCUCUGCAGAAACUCUCGGUGGAAGAUGUGGACCCCUGCCCCUUGCACAGAACCGUCAGCACGGAGUGUUGCAGCCAUCGGGAAGGUGACCGAGUGCCUGGUUGUCUGGGGUCAGCUGGCAACCCGGUCCUGUGUGAGGCAGAAGGAAGGCGGGUGCUGAAGGGCCUGCUGAGCGAAGGGGGCACCAGAUGCUAUGGGCCCUUCCUCUACAGCCGCCUCAUCUACUACAGUGGCUGGAUCGUGGCCACCAUGGCCAAAUGGGGGGCUCCAGCAUCCCCCUUUCCUGGCCAAAGGCAUCCAGCCUUUGGGAGCCCAGCGGAACAGGCGAGGCUGCUCUUUGAACCCUUUUUGGCCCUGAGAGCCUUCAAUGUCUCCGAUGCUUCAGAAGACCCCCUCAGCCUGAACCUUUCGGAGGAGCUGGAGGAGGACAGCCUGGGCUCCCUGGAAGGCCCCCCCGAGGGACGAGCAAACCCUCCACUCUACUACGACUACUAUGGGGGGGAGCUGCUCGCCAUCUCUUCAGCAAAGACGGGCCAACAACGGGGGCUGCAGGGCCUCCUCUGCAUGGGCCUCCUGCUGCACCUCCUGGCUUCCUAAAGCUCUGGCCAAGCAGAUUAUUCCUGGCCCCCGAGAGGAGAUUUCUCCUGGGAGAACCUUUUAUCCUCCUGGAUCUCCUCGCCCUAUGAGAAGUUGGGACCUCACGAGAGGGAAGAACACAAAGCAUCAACCCCGAGAAGCUUCAUGGCAGCCUGUCUUUGCAUCCCUCAUGCAGGGGGCUUUGACCCCAUGGCCACAGCUAGAUGUCCCCGUCCAUUAAACCCCUUUUUGUGUCCUA